CCCCCGCGGGUGAUACAGUAUGAUAUUAACAGCAGGGCUGCUGAGUGAAAACACAACAUGUUGGUUUAGUUGGGCUGACUUGGCUCUGUGAUGACCUCUGCAGCUGGCUCAGAGCCUCUUCUGUUUUAACUCCCUCUUCCACCUCUCCGUUCUUACAAACAGGACAUCAGCGGAGAAGAGUGUUAGCUAAGAACAGGAUAAGAGGCAAGUCCCACAAGGAGGCAGAUCUGUGUGAGGGACGGGGAAUGACUGGAGUGGCAGGGAUCAUCUGGAUUUGGAGCCAGCCGUCUUGUCUGCUCUCUGCCAGAGUUUAUUCAUCAGGACUUCCACUGACCUCAUUGGCUCAGUGUGUCCUUUUUCUCCUGCCAUCGCUUCUGUGAAAAGCUUUUUAAAGCAUUUUCACAUAUCUUUGAUUGCAGCAGAUAAUCGAUCUGCCUACGUGAGCAAAAACAGUCAAGUUAGCCAUGAUUCUGUUAAAACUCAUUCCACUUCCUACAAGUUUCUAUGUUUUAUCUGUAUCUUUGUUCUGAACACUCCUGUUCUAACGACUGUUAGGUUAUUUUGCUGAUAUAAGAUAAUCAAUGUGUGUGUGUGUGUGUGUGUGUACUUUUUCUCUGCAUGUGACUGUUCCUCAAGGGGAAUGUUCCCUAUAGAAAAUGUGAACAUUUCAAAAACAGAUAGUACUUUUUUAGUUCUUUUCAAGAGUUGCAGGAGAACUAUUGUGUUUGAGCUCAACGGCUGAUUGGUCAAGAGAAAUUAAUCCUGAACAAAGUCAUGCAAAUGUUUCUGUCUGUAAAUAACGAAGGCCUUGCUGUGUUUACAUCUUUACCUUCAAGCAGGGUUGCUUUGUUGGAUCCUGUGGGUGGGACUAGGAAAAUGUCAGGUUUUGUUUUGCUGCGGGGCAUGAAAAAAAAAUCAGAUUGUCUUUUUACCUAUUAGACUGAUUACGCCGGAGCUCAAUUGAAAAACGAGAUUUAUUUAUCCAUAUUUUAAAUUAAACAUCUAAAGGUCACUAAACUUUUUAGUUUUUUUUUUUAUUUUGACAUGUUGUUUGUAGAUACUUCUGUUUUAUAAAUUCAAAAGUUUGGUAAAUGAGUGAAGCCGUGACUGGUGAUCAGUCAGACCUGAUCGUGUAUUUUACCCGUACAUUAUUCAGGACAAAGGCAUCACCGUGUUUACCUCAUGGUCGUCCUACAUAUGAAACAGAAGCAGUCAAAUAUAGUGUUUCACUCAAAUCCCAUUGGUUUGUUGUUGGGGCAGUGUGUGCAUGUGUGUGUGUGUGCGUGUGUGUGUGUGCGCGUGUGUGUGUGUGUGCAUGUGUGCGUGUGUGUGUGUGUGUGAGAUGGAGCGGAGAGGAGGGGCUUUCAUACUCCACAACAACAACACGGAGAGGACUGAGCGAUGCAGCAGAGGGAAGGAACGCUCUUAGAGUGAUGCAGAUGGAUUUUUCCCCUGAUUUACAUCUUCUUUCAUUUCUUUUUCAGUUUUUUCCACACAUCUUUAUCGUCUGGUAUCUCUUUCCUGCUGCUGAUGCCGUCUCCCCCUGUGGAGUUUUUGAUGCUCUGUCCUAUAGGAGGACUUGCUACUAUUUUAGUUUGUCCUCCUCUUCAUCUUUGAUGCUUGUCUGAUGGUGAGCUGCUCCGUCUUCCCCGUUCUCACCACCAUCUCUCAGCCUUCACUCUGCUCCACUCUUUUAUCUUUGCACCGCACAUUUCUGUGUUGUGCUAUGAUGCCAGUUUUGGAGGGGAUCUGGGGUCCAGAUUUUAAGAUGGGGAACUCCGGUCUUGGUGUCUACCCAGACGAGCACUCUGGCACGCGGGCGUGGGGACCUCCUGUUACGUGUGGCGGUCUGUCACUGGCUCUGGAGCUCCCGGCUCUUAUACGGCACCUCAGGGCAGCUUGGAGGGCCCGCAGGGGAGGCGCUCAGGGGCACAAGAGGACUCAAGGUGGCACUUGGUGUGAGGCACUGCAGGAGGAGGUUGAGGAGGUCAAGCAGGACUUGGAGAACAGUUGUGCACAUCUGGAAGCUGAUGGCAGGCUGAACACUGGUCAUGCUGGUGUGUUGCUGGCAGAGAGACGAGGCUCCUACCCGCUGAUUGGUCUGCGUGUCCUGAACACGAGUUCCCAGCAGGGGGAGGUCGAGUCUGGCACCAGGAGAAAGUUAAACCGCCUGCUGAGCUUCCAGAGAUUCUUCCAUGCCUCCAGGUUACUGAGGGGGUUAGCUUCACACUCUCCUGGGUCACUACACAUACUGGACAAUGACUACCUGGGACAGGCAGCUCACAUGUUAUCAAAAGUAGAAACAUGGAAUUUUGACAUUUUCCUUUUUGAUCGUCUAACAAACGGUAACAGUCUGGUGACUCUGAUGUGCCAUCUUUUCAACGUGUGUGAUCUCAUUCACCACUUCCAGCUGGACAUGGUCAAACUGCACCGGUUUCUUGGGAUGGUGCAGGAUGAUUAUCAUUCCAACAAUCCAUAUCACAAUGCUGUUCAUGCUGCUGAUGUGACUCAAGCCAUGUACUGCUACAUGAAGGAGCCCAGGCUGGCGGAGCAGCUGACUCCUCUGGACGGGUUCCUGGGUCUGAUGGCAGCAGCAGCUCAUGAUGUGGAUCAUCCUGGAGUCAACCAGCCUUUUCUAAUGAAGACCAGACAUCACCUGGCGUCCCUCUAUCAGAACACAUCUGUGCUGGAGAGCCACCACUGGAGGUCCACUGUGGGAAUGCUGCGGGAGUCAGGCCUGCUGUCCCACCUGCCUGCCAGCAUCUCGCAGGACAUCGAGCAGCAGCUGGGCUCUCUCAUCUUGGCUACAGACAUCAGCAGGCAGAACGAGUUCCUGGUGACGUUCCGAGAACAUCUGGACAACCAGGAUCUGGACCUCCAGCUGGCUUCACACAGACACUUCAUGUUGCAGAUUGCUCUAAAGUGUGCCGACGUGUGUAAUCCAUGUCGGGACUGGGAGCUGAGCCGGCAGUGGAGUGAGCGGGUGUGUGAGGAGUUCUACCGUCAGGGUGAUCUGGAGAGGAAGUUAAAUCUGGAGAUUAGUCCUCUGUGUGACAAACUGACCGACUCAGUCCCUGCUGUCCAGAUAGGUUUCAUCUCCUACAUCGUGCAGCCUCUGUUUCAGGAGUGGCAGCGCUUCACUGAACCCAGCCUGCUCAGCCAGAUGAUGAUGAGCAACCUGCACAAGAACAAGGACCGCUGGAGUCGUCUCUGGUGUGUGCACGCCGCUUCAGAAACACAACCUCACUCUGAGGAGCCUGGAGGCGGAGGCGGAGGAGAUGGGGAGGAUAUCUCUUAAAGCUCCACCUGAUAUCUGUGGUGUUUAAUAUUUCUGUACUUUGGGAGGAGAGGAGUAGUUAUCAGACUCCACGUAUAUUCUCCCAGAGAGCGGGAGCAUGGGAGAGCAGUUUUGGUCCGGAGGUGUGGAAAUGGCUCCCUCUGCUGGAGAAGAAGAGGAAGACAGGAAAGCAGACUUCCUCAUAACUCGGAUUAUUUCUUCAGAUGAAGUGAGAAUAAGUGGAUUAGAAGGAAAGGUUUCUCCACUGAGGUAGACGGCUCACAGAAGUUGUUUGCACAAAGCUGAAGAACAAAUGAAUAUAUAUGAAGGUCAGCUGGACUGAGCAGGAACUUAACGAGAGGGAUGUAUAAAUAUGUCAACAUUUUAAAAUAAUAGGAUGAUGCUUAAUCUGUUUUCUUGUUUGUUUCCUAAUUCUUUCACUCCAGUUGGAUGCCCUUUCAUCCCGCCGUUUCACUGAAGUGGUUUUUAACUCAGCACUAACUAUUAACACGAGUCAGCUGGAUGCGUUUUAUAGCCAUUAAAAAACAACAGACAUAUAAUCUGUAUAAUCUGUCUAACUGUGAUGUACACUCCAGCACUCCUCACGCCGACACCUCGGCUUCUUUUCUGCUGGUCCUAACAAACAGCCGAAUCAAGCUCAUGAACGAAUGAGCCUUAACAGCAGCUCGACCUGUCGCUGAACCGUUUCUGAUCACCAACCAGUGUGUAUCGGCAGUGUCACCAUCCUGGAACACACUCGGCGCUGUAGCAGCAAGGGAUCGGGCUCUGGUGGGUGUUGCCAAGGUGUCAGAGUACUGUUAUACUAAUCUCACUGCUUUCUUACCUUUAAGUAUUUUUUAAUACUUCCUUUUUUAUCAUGACGCUUGCAACAGUGCACUAUAUUAAAUCAGUGGGCAGAUGCCUCCAAUUUCAAAGCAUCCCUAAUAAAAAUAUAAUCGUUACAGAAGGAAAAAGACUAAAACCGUGUUUGUACCUGUGUAAUAUCACAAUUCAUAUGGUAUUUCUAAAUAUUAGUGGAUUAAAGCAUAAAAGUUACAAUUA